AUGAAUCAUCAGGAAAAACCACCAGAAGAAAAUCUAACUGAAAUGAUGGAAUUUUCUCUCUUAGGCUUUGCUGACAUGCCCCAUCUCCAGUGGUUCCUUUUUGGAUUGUUUUUAGUCAUCUAUAUCAUUAUCCUGAUGAGCAAUGGCACCAUAUUUCUAAUAACAAAAAUGGAUCCUGCUCUCCAGAGCCCUAUGUAUUUCCUGGCAAAUUUUUCCUUCUUGGAAAUCUGCUAUGUAACAGCUACUCUCCCCAGAAUGCUGAUGAAUCUAGGGACCCAGAGAAGAAGAAUUUCCAUGGCUGCCUGUGCUACACAGAUGUGCUUUGUUCUUCUGUUCGGAGGUACAGAGUCUUUGCUCCUGGCAGUGAUGGCCUAUGAUCGCUAUGUGGCCAUUUGUAACCCUCUACACUACCCUGUAGUCAUGAACCACAGGGUCUGUAUCCAGUUGGUGACUGGGUCCUGGAUCACUGGAAUCCCAGUUAUGAUAGGGCAUACGUAUCAGAUUUUCUCUCUGCCUUUUUGUAGAUGUAAACAAAUUAGCCAUUUCUUCUGUGACAUUCCCCCAAUACUCAAGCUAGCUUGUGGGGACACCUUUGUAAAUGAGAUGUUGGUCUACAUAGUUACUGUGUUAUUUGUCAUGUUUCCAUUUCUGUUGAUUCUUUGCUCCUACAGUAAAAUCAUCUCCAUCAUCCUGAAGUUGCCAUCAGCCACAAGUCAAGCUAAAGCCUUCUCCACCUGCUCAUCUCAUCUUAUGGUUGUGGUGUUAUUCUUUGGAUCAUGCAUUAUUACAUACUUAAGACCCAACACCAGACAUUCAGAGGGAACUGACAAAGUGCUUUCUCUUUUCUACACUAUCCUAACACCUUUGUUUAAUCCCGUGAUAUAUAGUCUAAGGAACAAUGAUGUCAUAAAAGUACUGAAAAAAUUGCUAUGUAAAUAA